GUUUUGGCUUGGUUGUGCUGCUCGACUCGCGUGCGCUGGCCUGGUUGCUUCGGUUCCACGCGUGCCUCGGUUUCCCGGCCUCAUGGCCGGCCUGACUCUGUUUGUGGGCCGCCUCCCGCCCUCGGCCCGCAGUGAGCAGCUGGAAGAGCUGUUUAGUGAGGUGGGGCCGGUGAAGCAGUGCUUCGUGGUGACUGAGAAAGGGAGUAAGACAUGUCGAGGCUUUGGCUAUGUCACUUUCUCUAUGUUGGAAGAUGUUCAGAGGGCCCUCAAGGAGAUCACUACCUUCGAAGGUUGCAAGAUCAACGUAACCAUUGCCAAGAAAAAACUGAGGAACAAGUCCAAGGAAAAGAGAAAAAAUGAAAAUUCAGAGUCUCCAAAGAAGGAGCUGAAGCCGAAGAAAGCCAAAGCGGCAGAUAAAAAAGCCAGGUUAAUUAUUCGGAACCUUAGCUUUAAGUGCUCAGAAGAUGACUUGAAAACAAUAUUUGCUCAAUUUGGAGCUGUCUUAGAAGUAAAUAUCCCAAGGAAGCCAGAUGGAAAGAUGCGUGGUUUCGCUUUUGUUCAGUUCAAAAACCUCCUAGGAGCAGGGACUCUCAAAGGCAUGAAUAUGAAAGAGAUAAAAGGGCGGACCGUGGCUGUGGAUUGGGCUGUGGCAAAGGAUAAAUAUAAAGAUACCCAGUCUGUUGCUGCCCCAGGUGAGAAGAUUCAUGAACCUAGACAUCAGCAAUCAGUGAAAAGGAAUGGCAGUUCCAAAGGAAUGGAAGAAGAGGAAGAUGGUGAAGGUGAUGAUGAUGACGAUGAUGAAGAGGAAGAGGAGAAUAAAGAAUCAAAGGUGACCAAGCAUGUGCAGAUUCAGAAGAGAGCUGUCAAGAGUGCGGCCCCCACAGAAAGCAGUGAGGAGGACCAUUCUGACGAUGAUAGUGACCUGGAGGAAAGUAGCAGCAUUGAUGGUGGAGAGGGACUAGUGCAGAGUGACAGCGGCACUGAAGAGCAAGAAGAUGAAGAUGUACAAGUCUCAAAGAAAAAGAAGAGAAAAAUACCCUCUGAUGUGAAUGAAGGGAAAACUGUUUUUAUCAGAAACCUGUCAUUUGACUCAGAAGAAGAAGAACUCGGGGAGCUCCUCCAGCACUUUGGAGAUCUUAACUAUGUUCGCAUUGUCUUGCAUCCAGACACAGAGCAUUCUAAAGGUUGUGCAUUUGCACAAUUCAUGACUCAAGAAGCAGCUCAGAAAUGCCUUGCAGCUGCUUCUACAGAGGCUGAGGGUGGUGGUCUUAAACUGGACGGCAGGCAGCUCAAGGUUGACUUAGCUGUGACCCGUGAUGAGGCUGCAAAGCUUCAGACAAAGAAGGUGAAGAAGCCAACUGGAACCCGGAACCUCUAUCUGGCACGAGAAGGCUUGAUCCGUGCUGGGACGAAGGCUGCUGAGGGUGUGAGUGCUACUGAUAUGGCCAAACGAGAGCGGUUUGAACUACUGAAGCAUCAGAAACUCAAGAACCAGAAUAUCUUUGUCUCCCAGACUAGGCUCUGCCUGCAUAAUCUCCCAAAGGCUUUGAAUGACCAACAGCUCAGGAAGCUCCUACUGAACGCCACUAGAGGGGAGAAGGGCGUGCGCAUCAAGGAGUGUAGGGUGAUGCGAGACCUUAAAGGAGUUCGUGGAAAGGUAAAGGGCCAGUCUCUGGGCUAUGCCUUUGCAGAGUUCCAGGAGCAUGAGCAUGCUCUGAAAGCCCUCCGCCACAUCAACAACAAUCCGCAAAUCUUUGGGCCUCAGAAGAGACCAAUAGUGGAGUUCUCUUUGGAAGAUGGAAAGAAACUUAAAAUGAAGGAACUAAGAAUUCAACGCAGCCUGCAAAAAGUGAAUGUGAAGCCUGCAACUGGUAAUCCCCAAAAGGAGCAAAAAGAACUUGGAAAGGACAAGCAACAGAAGGCAGCACAAAACCACACACAGGAACAAAGGAAGGUCCCCCGAGAACAGAAGGGGAAGGUGGCCUCCACCUCAUGGACAGGGUUCCAGACCAAGGCUGAAGUGGAGCAGGUGGAGCUGCCUGAUGGGAAGAAGAGAAGAAAGGUCCUGGUGCUCCCCUCACACCGAGGCCCCAAAAUUAGGUUGCGUGACAAAGGCAAAAUGAAGUCCCUGCCUCCUAAGAAGCCAAAACCCCAGGUGAACCACAGGAAGCAAGAGAAACAGCAGUUAUCAUCCAAGCAGGUACCUAGGAAAAAAGUUAAAGGAAAUAAGACAGAAACCCACUUCAACCAACUGGUCGAACAAUAUAAACAGAAAUUGUUGGGACCUUCUAAAGGAGCACCUCUCGCAAAGAGGAGCAAAUGGUUUGAUAGUUGAUGCUGCCAGAAGACUGGGUAAGAAGUCUGGUGUGCACUUCCUGGUAAAGCUCCUAAUCCAAUCCCACUCCCCUUGUCUUUUACUGAGGGCAGGAAGAUUCCAGAUGGUGCCCCCUGUGUUGGAAGCUCUCUGGGAUUUUUACAUCUGAACUUUGGUCCCUCCUUUGGUAUGUGGUUGGUUAGCCACAAGAAAAUACCCAGAAAACAUCAUGCUACUUCUUGCAUAUUACCAGAUUAUUGUGUGAAGUUGUGUCCAUGAUUAUUAACUAUUUUUAGUCUGUUUCCCAAAUGGAAACAAUUGUAAAAGUUAUUCUGGAGCACUGAAUUUAAAGAUGUAUAUUUUGUUAAGCAUC